GAUGCGCUGACACAUAUGCAGACUGUUCUCAAUCCUCUGCCUUCAGUCUCCAGUUUAUCUGCAGCAUGGCUUCAUGUUUCAUUCUGCUGCUUGUGUGUUGGGUGUUCACACCGAGCUGCAGUGUGAGUCCACCCGAGUGGUUCCACAACAUUUCUACCAGCAUCUUCAGUUCAUCAGGAGACAUUAUGCUCGGGGGGCUUUUUCCCAUUAAGCUGCUCACCAGCAACCUCAGCCUGAGGAGGGAGCCCGACAACAUCAGCUGUGAGAGUAUUAAUGACUACGGACUGGGCCUCGCUAUAGUCAUGAAAUAUGCUGUGGAUGAGAUCAACGCAAACCAAACUCUGCUCCCUGGCGUCAAGUUAGGUUAUGAAAUGUACGACACAUGCAGACAAGCUGCCGUCGUGGUGAAGCCUACAAUCUCCUUCCUCACCGCAAAAUCCGACAAAGUGCUGUCUGUGAAAUGUAACUACACGGACUAUGAGACCAGUGUAUCUGUCGUCAUUGGGCCUUACAGCUCAGAGAUGGUGUCGAUCAUCGGGAAACUUCUGGGAUUCUUUCUGAUGCCACAGAUUAGCUACGGUGCCACCAGUGACAAAUUCUCUGACAGUCAUCUCUACCCGUCAUUCUUCCGUACGGUGCCCACUGACAAACGGCAAGUGGACGUCAUAGCACAGCUAAUGAAAGAGUUUAACUGGACCUGGGUGGCGGUGGUGGGCAGUGAAGAAGAAUAUGGACAACAGGGCGUGCAGCAGUUUUCCAAAGUGGCAGAAAACAUGUCCAUCUGUGUGGCCUAUCAGGGCCUGAUUCCAGUUUACACUGACCCUUUGCCAGUGGUUGAAACGAUUAUUGAAAAUAUCAAUGCCACCAAUGUCAGUGUGGUAGUGGUGUUUUCUCUAGCAGAGCAGGCUGAGGUCCUUUUUAAAGAGGUUAUCCGCAGGAAUGUCACAGGUGUGUGGAUCGCCAGUACAAGUUGGGCCAUUCACAAUCGAUUGACUUCGCUCCCCAACAUCCAAAAUGUUGGUACAAUCAUUGGGUUCAUUGACAAGACACAGAUCCUGGAUCUGCUCACUGACUACACACAGGAGCUCUUCCUCAAACUGAGCCAGGAGAGGGCCGACAUGCCCCCUCCAGCGACAAAUCCUGGCAAUCCUGACAAUCCCUGUCCACAGUGUUGGAACUUGUCACCUGCUAAUAUUAGCCUGGUAACAGACCCUGCAGUGAAGCGCACAGCUUUUGGUGUGUAUGCUGCCGUCUACAGUGCAGCGCAGGCACUGCACAACCUGCUGGAGUGCAAUGCAACUUCGUGUAAGUGGGACCCAGGAACCAAAAUCUAUCCCUGGAAGUUGCUGGAGGUUAUCAGGAAGACUACUGUUGACAUAAACGGCGAACAUUUAGUUUUUGACAGUCAUGGCAACCCAAACAUAGGCUACGAUGUGAUUCAGUGGGAGUUCAAACCCACAGGUGGUGUGAAGUUCAACACUGUUGGAAACUUUUCAGAAAAACUAUUAAUCAACAGUGCACUCUUUAAAUGGAACACUUCAGCGGACCCUCUAAGGAAAGAGGUUCCUCAGUCCACCUGUUCAGCAGACUGUGAACCAGGCCGGGUCCGCAGAGUCAAAGGUUUCCAUUCCUGCUGUUUUGACUGUAUCGACUGUUUGCCCGGCACUUACCAGGCAAAUACGGAGGACAUCCAGUGCACUAAGUGUCCUGAGCGUCAGUGGUCCCUGAUCAACAGCACUAACUGCACUGCCCCCGUCUUUGAAUUUUUGUCCUUUAACACGACUGAGGCCCGGAUAAUAAUUCUGAUCGGGGUGGCACUGCAGAUAUGUCAGGGGUCGGUGGCCAUCUUGUUCCUGAUGCACCGAGGGACACCCCUGGUAAAGGCCUCAGGGGGACUCCUGAGUUUUGUGGCUCUGCUCGGCCUGAUGGGAACCUGUUUCAGUCUGCUGCUCUUCCUGGGGGAACCAGGAGACGUGGUGUGUCGUCUUCAGCUGCCCCUCACCUCCAUUUUCCAAACUGUUUCUCUCUCAGUUAUCUUGUCUCUCUCGCUGCAGAUUUUCUACGUGACAGAGUUCCCAGAGAUGGCCGCCUCUUACCUUCACAUAAUAAGAGGCCCUGGAAGCUGGUUGUUUGUGUUCACCUGCUGUGCUGUGCAGGCUGGUCUCUGUGGCUGGUUUGUCCAAAAAGGACCCUCACUGUCUAAAUAUGUGGCAGAUAUGACGAUAGACUUUGUGAAAUCAUUCCUGUCAUGUCCAGUGGAACCUUUGUCUGGACUGGCCCUAAUGCAAGGUUUCAAUGGCGCAAUGGCUCUUGUGUCGUUCAUGUGCACCUUCAUGGCAAUGAAGCCUCUUCACCAGUAUAACCUGGCCAGGGACAUCACCUUUUCCACCCUGAUCUACUGUGUGACUUGGGUGAUCUUUAUUCCUAUCUACAUCGGUUUAGAGCCCAAGUCUAAGUCAGUCGUCCAUGUUUAUUUCACCUUGGCAAGCAACUUUGGACUAAUGGCAGCCUACUACUUCCCAAAGUGCUACUUCCUGUUAAGGAAACCUGAUCUCAAUACACCAAAGCACUUCUGCACUUUCUUGGAGGGCGUCCCACCAACACAGGCUCAGGAGGAGCCACAGCCACAGCCACAGCCAGAGAAAUAAACGAGGACUCCUACUGCACUGCUUUAUGAAUAAAACCAAGAAUAUAGAUUUGCAUGCUUUUGUACAUAAAGUUGUAAAUGAACAAAAAUAGCAUAGUUUAGACCUCAAGGCAAAAGAAAAUGCACUAUUAUAUCAGGCAACAAUAACUUUCUUCCCUGAAUGAAUCUGUAAUCAUGUAAAAGAAAAGACACGUUAAUUUCUCAUGCAUGAAGUCUUGAAACAAUAUAUUGUGUAUAAUUAUAUUAUGAUUAUUAAUAAUAAUUUGAGAAAAUUAAUGAUGUUGAUAUGAAUAUUCGUAACAACUGCAUUAACUGAAAUUGG